AUGAAGACUUUGAUUCUACCAGGACUCAUUUUGGCCUUCGCCAUUUGCUUCCAGUUCAGUGACAGUCAGAAAUCAUGGAAGCAGACAAUAGAAAAGGCAAUCAACAGUCAACCCAUCCAAAAGUCAACUUCCAAGACAUCACGAAGCCAAUUUUCAUCUACACAGCUUGACAAACAACGUUCAUCCUUGUCUCAUGAUUCUGCCUCACUUACCAACAGAUUCUCCCGAAGGGCUUCUUCAUCACCCUUCAAUGCUCAGAGUGUAAAGACUUUAUUUUCUAAAGUUAGUUCAGAGAUUAAAAAAGGAGCUGACAAGUUAACUUCAAACCUUAGGAAAUUAAUUAGAAAGAGAAGAUCUGACAGGUCCAGGCCAGUUAACAGACAGGUAAACGAACCUAUGAUUAGAUCAGCUACUCGAAUAUCUAAACCUAGAACGAGAUCUUCAGAAACCUUGCAAAGGACCCAGUCUAAGCCAUGCAGAAAACAACCAUCUAAGCUACAAAAGAAAAGACAAAAGAUAAAGGAAAAUUUGGCUACUAAAAAAAAUCUCAAAAAAGCUAAAUUAUCACCUAAGAGAAGGCAAACCUCAUCCUUAACACAAGAGUCCCGUAAGUCCAGAAAGGAAAAGCAACAGCAAAGGAAACAGCAGAGAGCCGCUAAAAAGGCUGUAAAGAAAGAGCUUAGGAAGAUUAAUUCCAAAGUGUCACUUCUGAAAAGGCAAACCUCAUCUCUAAUAAAUAACAGGUUAGGCAAAUCCAAGACCAAACACCCCAAACUCAAUGAGGAGAACACGCUUAAAACCUUUGAAGAAGCAAAGAGACUACUUUCCUUAGCAGAGGAAAUAUUCAAUGCAUCUAUGAGGGGACAACCAAUACCUACUCAGAAAUUGUUGGCUUCACCUAACCCAACGAUUUCUAGUACCAGUGCGAGAGCCUCUUCCACUGAGAGACCAACUUCAGAUCUGGUGAUUGGCACUACUACUUUAGUACCACCAACCAUUAACUCAGCAAUAGAGGCUACAUCCACAAAUCCUUCAGAAGAAUCCACACACCCAGGUACUUCCCCUAGUCCUACAACUUCCAUGGACAUAGUGGUUAGGUCCACAACUCAUUCAGCCUCUGCCUCUACUACUAUAUCUGGUUCUACCUCAGAGGGCUCAGAAACUGAAGUAAACACCAAAGAUAAGACCACCACCCCAGCCAUGGAUGCUUCAACCACUAAAGCUGCCUCUACAACUUCAACAAACAUAACUACCACACCUCCCAUUACCACUACAAACACCACCUCUGUGCUUACUGGAGACAAAAUGAAAACAAGUUUCACUACUCUGGGCAUUGAGGCCACCACCCGUGGUAGCACACUGUCAUCAACCAGUAUGGCCAUACCUCUUGCUCCUGCCACUACAAAAAUACCCACAACUUCUGCCUUUGUUCCUGUUGGUUCUACCAGGAAUGCAUUACAAGGCACCACACCUGCAGCACGUUCUACUAGAAGUGUACCUAUCACUGUGACAACUGUAAAAAAUGUGACUAGCACAUUAGUGACUACAGCUGUCACUCAAACAGCAGUGAAAACGAACAAUGAAACUACAACCCAAGUGCAUGUGGGAACCACUAAAUCAACAAUUGGCACAACCGUGUAG